AGAAUCCUUACUUUUAUGCAAAUUUCGUCUCGUGUCCAGGCACUUCCGGUACAAGCUUACGUGCAAAACUUCGCCCGAAAGAUGGCGGAUCCAGCCCACCCCUUCCAACAGUGUGUGGCCUCCCUUGAGGUGGGAGGGGAGUCCUUCACUUACUACAACCCUCUCAAGCUCAACGACCCAAGAUAUGAGCGCCUGCCCUUCUCCAUCCGGGUACUGCUGGAGUCUGCAGUGCGGAACUGUGAUAACUUCCAGGUCCACCCCAAAGAUGUAGAGAACAUCCUGUCAUGGGAAGAAACACAGACAAAGGCAGUUGAAGUACCAUUCAGGCCUGCUAGGGUCAUUCUGCAAGACUUCACAGGUGUUCCCGCGGUGGUUGACUUCGCAGCCAUGCGGGAUGCAGUGAAGCGACUCGGAGGGGACCCGUCCAAAAUUAACCCCGUCUGUCCGGCAGACUUAGUUAUAGACCAUUCUGUUCAAGUGGAUGUCUCUAGGAGCACAAGUAUAGUAAGAAAUACACCAAACCCAGGAGGAGGGCUUAGGCCGGGACAAACGGCAUCGCGUGCAAAUGCUGCAGUACCAGCCAAAUCCUGUGGGGGUGCUGCUAAGGGGUGCAAUAUCUGUCUCAACACGGGCCUGCCAAAACUAGAAGAAAUUUGUCCUUUUCACCAACAGCCUACAGAUUGCCAAGAUGCCCUUAAACAGAACCAGAAACUGGAGUUUCAAAGGAACCAAGAACGCUUCCAGUUUCUUAAGUGGGGUGCCAAGGCGCUGCGAAACAUGCUGAUUGUUCCGCCAGGAUCCGGUAUUGUGCAUCAGGUCAACCUGGAAUAUCUGGGAAGGGUUGUCUUCAACACCAACGGUACCCUGUACCCAGAUAGCCUGGUGGGCACCGACUCCCAUACUACCAUGAUCAAUGGGCUUGGCAUCCUGGGAUGGGGUGUUGGUGGAAUUGAGGCAGAGGCUGUGAUGUUGGGCCAGGCUAUUUCCAUGGUGCUACCACAAGUUGUGGGCUACAAAAUAACUGGACAGCUGAAUCAGCUGGUCACUUCCACCGAUGUAGUAUUGACCAUUACCAAGCAUUUACGUCAGGUUGGAGUUGUGGGCAAGUUUGUGGAGUUUUUCGGGCCAGGAGUUUCCCAACUGUCCAUCGCAGACCGGGCCACCAUCUCCAACAUGUGUCCCGAAUAUGGUGCUACUGUCGGUUACUUCCCAGUGGACGACAUGUCUAUGGUCUAUCUGAGACAGACAAAUCGUGACGAGAAGAAGCUUGUGUACAUUGAAGCCUACCUGAAAGCUUGUAACAUGUACAGGGACUUCAACAACACAGACCAGGACCCUAACUUUAGUCAGAUAGUAGAGCUGGACCUGGCCACAGUUGUGCCCUCGGUGAGCGGGCCCAAACGUCCACACGACCGCGUGCCCGUCUCCGACAUGAAGCAGGACUUCCAACAGUGCCUCGCCAACAAGGUCGGCUUCAAGGGUUUCGCCAUUCCUAAGGAGAAACAGUCCAGCGCGAUACCCUUCACAUACAACGAUAAGGAGUACGCACUAAGCCACGGCAGUGUGGUGAUCGCUGCCAUCACCAGCUGUACCAACACUAGUAACCCCUCUGUCAUGUUGGGAGCUGGACUUUUGGCCAAGAAAGUAGUAGAGGCUGGUCUGACAGUGAAGCCGUACAUCAAAACCAGUCUGUCCCCCGGUAGUGGGGUUGUUACCUACUACCUACAGGAGAGUGGGGUCACACCAUAUCUCAAGCAACUAGGGUUUGACAUUGUUGGCUAUGGCUGCAUGACAUGUAUAGGGAACAGCGGGCCCCUUCCUGAGCCAGUGGCUGAGGCAGUUGAAAAGGGAGACUUGGUUGCGGUCGGUGUCCUUUCUGGAAACAGGAACUUUGAGGGGCGUAUCCACCCCCUGACACGUGCCAACUACCUGGCUUCCCCUCCGCUGGUCAUCGCGUACGCUAUCGCAGGGACUGUCAGCAUCGAUUUCGAGACUGAACCACUCGGAAAGACAGCUGAUGGUAAAGAGAUUUUCCUACGUGAUGUCUGGCCGACCCGUGCUGAAAUCCAGGAGGUGGAGCGAAAGAACGUGGUACCUGCCAUGUUCAAGGACGUUUACGCUAGGAUACAGGAUGGAAAUGAGGCCUGGAACAAUCUUGAAGCUUCAGAUGCCCAACUCUACCCAUGGGAUCCCAAGUCAACGUACAUCAAGUCUCCCCCCUUCUUUGAAGAGAUGACUGCGGAGAUUCCUUCACUCCAGGCAAUCACUGAUGCCUUCGCGCUGCUGAAUCUGGGGGACUCGGUCACGACAGACCACAUCUCACCAGCUGGCAGUAUCGCUAGGAACAGUCCCGCCGCGCGCUAUCUGGCGAGCAAGGGACUGACUCCGCGUGACUUCAACUCGUACGGCAGUCGGCGUGGCAACGACGCCGUCAUGUCAAGGGGAACGUUCGCCAACAUCCGCCUGCUCAACAAGUUCAUCGGCAAGGCUUCUCCAAAAACUUGUCACGUUCCCUCUGGAGACACAAUGGAUGUGUUUGAUGCUGCAGUGAGGUAUCGUGAGGAAGGCCAGUCUGUCAUCAUUCUGGCAGGGAAGGAAUACGGGUCUGGGUCGUCUAGAGACUGGGCUGCUAAGGGGCCUUGGAUGCAGGGCAUCAGGGCAGUGAUAGCGGAGAGCUAUGAGAGGAUCCACAGGAGUAACCUGGUAGGGAUGGGCAUCAUCCCUCUACAGUACCUACCUGGGGAGACUGCCGAGUCUCUCGGACUUACCGGGAAGGAGCGCUUCACUAUACAACUAGCUGAUGACAUACAACCUGGGCAGACCAUCGACAUAAAGGUGAAUGGGGAAGAGCGGACGUUCAAAGCGUUGGUGCGGUUCGACACUCCUGUGGAGUUAACGUACUUCAGCCAUGGUGGCAUCCUCAACUACAUGGUCCGCCGCAUGAUUUCUGCCUAGCAACCAUCGCCAUAGCAACAGAAACAGGCUCCCAUGAAAUUUGAUAGGAAACAUCCUGAAGAUUGGCCUUGAUUCUCAACAGUUUAAUGGUCCAUUGAUGUUCGAUAAGAUUAACAACUUCUGACCAUUAGACUUUUUAACCUUCCCCCUGCUGCCAAAUCCCAUCACCAUUACAAAAUUGGUGCCAUGGGUUUCUUCACAUUAAGAGGGUUAAAAAUGCUGGAUCAGUGUAUCGAGGUAUAUGUAGGUUAGUUACCUAUGAAAAAGACUGUGCAGUAAAUGGAUGAAUGAAUGUCAUGCAGAGAGAAAUUGAAAGAUGUCAGAAAUUUGUGGAUAAAUUGCAGUGAACAAGGUUAAAAGUUAAUUUAUUUUGAACUCAAGUACAUGUAUUUCAUUCCUUUCAGUGUGCACUUUCCAGUGUCAACCCAAAGGGGGUGGGGGGUGGUCUGGCCUAACAACAGGACUUGUGUACCACGUAGUUGCAAUGAAACUAUGAAGAUGAAUAGGUUAUGAAAUCUAUUUUAGAGAUGAAAUUAUUAUCAUUUGUAUCUCCAUUAUGCAAUGAUCAUCAAUGUUGUACAAUAUGAAUUUGAAAUGGCAACUGGUUUCAUUUGUGUCACUAUGAGAGUCAGUGUGAUAUUUGAUUUAAUUAGUUGUUUUGGCCAAUCACAGCUUAAGAUUCGUACCACAUGACUUUCAACUAGCCUUUGAACAAACGUUUUCUCAGAUAGAUAUGAAAGAUUAGCCAAUCACAGAAUGGCUUACAUGUCACAUACAUGUAAUUGAAACAACCAAUCAACAGAGGUGGUACAAAGUACUAUCAUGUUCUAGACUUGCAUUUUUCUCCUCACUACAAAGCUUAAUGCUGGUUGGCUCCAAAUUUCUAACUUUAACCAAUCAUAAUUUGCAGUACAUUUUUCACUUUAAUGCAUUGAUAUUUAUCUAUAAAAUGAUACUCGUUUCUUGAGAAACAGAUAGAAGAAAGUAAUGAUUGUAUUACUAGUAUUGGAUGUAUAUGGAGAGUGGUGUAAUAUUGUUACAUAAGUAUGAUGGUCACUUAGCAAAUGUACCCCUAAAAA